UUUUCGCAACAUGUGUGGGCUGCGUAUUUAUUUUUUGUGCCUCGUCGUUACAUUCUGCAUCCUUUUCGGAGUGUCCCACUCCACCAGCGACUCCAUUUGUGUCCUGAGCGAUGCGCCUCAGCAAUGUGGCGCCUUCUGCCUGGCAGCAUUGCAUCCACUGUACGAUCAGUACUCCAAGUCCAGGCACAGCCAAGAAGCAAUAGUGAAGAUGAUAGAGGAUUUUCGGACUGAGCAAAAGGAGCUUUUGAAUCACUACUAUCUGGAUGUUCGGGAGCUGUUGAAUGAACUUGCGGCGAAUCUAACUUCCACUGCAAGCAGAGAUGAGUCCACCUUGCAAAGCAUGCCAGUGACAGUGCCGCCUGGGUUCCAGAAGAUUGGAUCCAGAUACUUUUUCAUAGAAUAUAGUGAGAGGAAAAGCUGGACUGAUGCCAAUAAAACCUGUCGCGAAAAGGGCGGUCACCUAGCAGCCUUCCGAACCGAAGACGAAUUUGAAGCCAUCACAAGAAUCGUCCAUAAAAAUACUAUGUUCUGGCUGGAUUACCAUCGAAAUAGUAAGGACGAAUUCGUGACGGCCACCGGAAAUAAAGGAUCGUUUAUGAAGUGGGAGUCAGGACAACCCGACAACAAGGGUGGCAAGCAAAACUGCGUUUUCCUGUGCCAUUCAAGCAUGUAUGAUUCGAAUUGCGAAUAUAUCUAUCCCUUCAUUUGCCAGUUGGACACGGUUUAAUAAAGAUAAAGAUAAUACGUAAA